AGAGAAGAGAAGAGAAGAGAAGAGAGACCGACGAUGGCUGAGAGAGAGAACCACGUCUACACCGCAAAGCUCGCCGAGCAAGCUGAGCGCUACGACGAAAUGGUGGAGGCGAUGACGAAGGUGGCCAAGCUCGACGUGGAGCUGACUAUUGAGGAGAGGAAUCUGCUGUCUGUGGGGUACAAGAACGUGAUCGGAGCUCGGCGAGCUUCGUGGAGGAUUCUGUCGUCGAUUGAGCAGAAGGAGGAGAGCAAAGGGAAUGAUGAGAAUGUGAGGCGUAUCAAGGAGUACAGGACCAAGGUCGAGACGGAGCUCUCCAGCAUUUGUAGUGACAUCAUGAGGGUGAUCGAUGAGCAUCUCCUGCCGUCCUGCUCCGCGUUCGAGUCCACUGUGUUCUUCUACAAAAUGAAAGGAGAUUACUAUCGCUACUUGGCGGAGUUUAAGACUGGUGAUGAGAGGAAAGAGGUUGCUGAUCAUUCGAUGAAGGCUUAUCAGGCAGCUUCUAGCAAAGCAGAGACUGAUUUACCUCCCACACAUCCCAUCAGGCUGGGAUUGGCCUUGAACUUCUCUGUCUUUUACUAUGAAAUUUUGAACUCUCCUGAAAGAGCCUGUCACCUUGCAAAACAAGCUUUUGAUGAAGCUAUCUCUGAGCUGGAUAAUUUGAGUGAGGAAUCGUACAAGGACAGCACCUUAAUCAUGCAACUCUUGAGGGACAACCUCACAUUGUGGACCUCUGACAUUCCAGAGGAUGGAGUUGAAGAAGCUCAGAAGGCAGACAGCUCUGCGAAGGCUGGAGGUGAAGAUGCAGAGUGACCUGGCAUGGACCAUGGAUAGGACUCGUGUACUUUAAGGAUGGAGAAAACUUGCAGGGUCUACUUUUAGGCUGCUUUUAUUUUCUGAUUUUUACAAACUGAAGUAAUAUUUGGGAUUUGUAGUUUGACAUGUUACUGUAGCUCAUUUGCAACCCUGAAUUCUCUUUCCAUGUUGUUGACCUAAUGUAAAGGCUUUUCUUCCCACCUAUCAUUCAUUCGUUGAGAAUGUGACUCCAUUUGGUUGGAGACUUGGGCUUUCUUUAUCUGCCCCUUUUAUCAAUCCCUCUCAUCAUUUCCGUUU